AUGCCACUAAUAAGAGUGAAAAAUAAGAGCAAGGGUCUGAGGGGGAUGUAUUGCCCAUCACACUACGGUAUUCCAGGUGAAGGAGAAGACAUGAUAUGGUUAAGCCACUGGAAUUUGGAUGAUCAGUUACAAGGUGGCGAUGAAGUGGUUGUUUCUGUAAUUAAUAAAUCUGGGUUUCUGGUUAAGGAGUUGGGCAUCCGACUUGUGCAGGUGCAAGAAGAGAAUCAUAGUUCUUAUUAUCCAGUAUUGUUCAAUACGAUCCUUGGGGACUCUGAUGAAGAAGAGGAGGUUUUCUCUCAUUUUGUAUGUUUACCAGACGAAGAAGAAGAGCAACAGGAUGAUAUCACAGUUACAACCACCACAGGCAGCAAUAACUCCGGUGUCCUCCGUGGCUGGAAGGUGCUCGUCACCGCAGCUUGCUUCUUUCUCACCCUUUCUCUAAUCACUCGGUCUUCUCUCUCAGGCAGAAAGAAGGGACCGUCCACAAGCCAUGGAUGAAUUUUUUGUACAUCUCAACAGCAGACUAUUUGUUUUUGCAUGCAUCUCAUUUCGUAGCAUCAAAUGCAUCUUCU